CAACACGCCCAUUUGUCCCCUCUCUCUCUCCCUCGCGCGAUCUCGAGCCAUGGCCGCCGCCGCCACUUCAACCCCCUCCUCCGCCGCCAGAACCUCCGCCUCCUCUUUUCCCUCCAAAUCCCAGACUCCCCUGGACCGAUUUACCCUCCGCGUGCCUCCCAAUCCCGCCAAGCCCCCCGCCUCCCUCCUCCGCGUCUCCUCCGGCUCUCCUUCCCCAUCUCGCAUUCCCUGCGCCGCCGCCAAAACCCCCUCCGCGCCGCCGUCGCCGCCAACCCCGACCGUAGCGGCCCCCGAAACGUUCGUCUCCAGAUUCGCCCCCGACGAGCCUCGCAAGGGCGCCGAUGUCCUCGUCGAGGCCCUCGAGCGCCAGGGCGUCUCCGACGUCUUCGCCUACCCGGGCGGCGCCUCCUUGGAGAUCCACCAGGCCCUCACCCGGUCUCGCGUCAUCAGGAACGUGCUCCCCCGCCACGAGCAGGGGGGCGUUUUCGCCGCGGAGGGAUACGCGCGCGCCUCCGGCCUCCCCGGCGUUUGCAUCGCCACCUCCGGCCCCGGCGCCACCAAUCUGGUCAGUGGACUCGCCGACGCCAUGCUAGACAGCAUCCCCCUCAUCGCCAUCACUGGCCAGGUGCCACGAAGAAUGAUUGGAACGGAUGCAUUUCAAGAGACUCCGAUUGUUGAGGUGACGCGGUCUAUUACGAAACACAAUUACCUUGUCCUUGAUGUGGAAGAUAUUCCUAGAGUUGUGAAUGAAGCUUUCUACCUGGCGACUUCGGGGAGACCUGGUCCUAUCCUGAUCGAUAUACCUAAAGAUAUACAGCAACAGCUUGUUAUUCCUAAUUGGGAUGUGCCCAUAACGUUGCCCGGAUACAUGUCGAGAUUGCCCAAGUCACCUUCGGAGGCCCAUUUGGAACAGAUUGUGAGGUUGGUAUCGGAGUCGAAGAAACCGGUUUUGUAUGUGGGAGGUGGAUGUUUGAAUUCAAGCGAGGAAUUGAGAAAGUUUGUGGACCUCACGGGGAUUCCAGUCGCUAGUACUUUGAUGGGGCUCGGGGCAUUCUCAUGCUCACAUGAACUGUCCCUUCAAAUGCUGGGAAUGCAUGGAACUGUUUAUGCUAAUUAUGCUAUUGAUAAAUGUGAUUUGCUGCUCGCGUUUGGAGUUAGGUUUGAUGACCGUGUGACAGGGAAGCUGGAAACUUUUGCCAGCCGAGCUAAAAUCAUUCACAUCGAUAUCGAUUCGGCAGAGAUUGGGAAAAAUAAGCAGCCUCAUGUGUCAAUAUGUGCAGAUGUGAAGCUGGCAUUAAAAGGGAUAAAUAGCAUUAUGGAGACUAGAAAAUCGAAGCUCAAACUUGAUUUUUCAGCUUGGAGAAUGGAACUUGAUGAGCAGAAAAUGAGUAAUCCAUUAACUUAUAAGACUUUUGGGGAAGCUAUCCCUCCUCAGUAUGCGAUUCAAGUUCUCGAUGAGCUAACUGAUGGAAAUGCUAUUAUAAGCACUGGAGUUGGGCAACACCAAAUGUGGGCUGCUCAAUUUUACAAGUACAAGAGGCCCCGCCAAUGGUUGACGUCCGGUGGAUUAGGGGCCAUGGGUUUUGGAUUGCCUGCUGCGGUUGGAGCUGCCGUUGCAAAACCCGAUGCUGUUGUGGUGGACAUUGAUGGAGAUGGAAGCUUCAUAAUGAACGUCCAGGAGUUGGCGACAGUCAGAGUGGAGAAUCUGCCUAUCAAGAUAAUGCUGUUGAACAAUCAACAUCUGGGCAUGGUUGUCCAAUGGGAGGAUCGCUUUUAUAAAGCCAACAGGGCUCACACAUAUCUAGGGAAUCCAUCUAGAGAGUCUGAUAUAUUUCCAAAUAUGUUGAAAUUUGCUGAAGCCUGUGGAAUACCUGCAUCUCGUGUGACGAAAAAGGCAGAUCUUAGAGCAGCUGUCCAAAAGAUGUUAGAUACUCCUGGGCCAUACUUGUUGGAUGUGAUUGUCCCCCAUCAAGAGCAUGUUUUGCCCAUGAUCCCUAGUGGUGGGUCUUUCAAAGAUGUGAUUACUGAGGGAGAUGGACGAUCUGCGUAUUAAGUCAUCCGGGCUAAAUAUUUUGCAGAGUUAUAUGUAUCUACAUACCUUUUUUUUGUCAAAGUAUCUGCAUACUUAAGAUGAUAGGACUUACAUAAAAGUUGUGUCAGGUUUUGUUUUUCAA